AUGUCAGUCUACGUGGGAGAAUCUAGAGGGGAAUUACUCGCUUGGUUAAAUGAAUUACUUGAACCUACAGUGAUCACAAAAGUUGAACAAUGCGGUACAGGUUCAGUUUAUUGUCAAAUCGUAGAUUCCAUUUAUGGAAAUCUCCCAAUGUCAAGAGUCAAAUUCAACGCAAAGAUGGAAUACGAAUAUUUAGAUAAUUUCAAAAUAUUACAAAAAUCUUUUAAAAUGAACAGGAUUGAAAAGCCUAUACCCGUUGAGAAAUUAGUAAAAUGCAAGAUGCAAGAUAAUCUCGAAUUCUUACAAUGGAUGAAGAAAUUCUGGGACACUAAUAGUGGCGGAAUGGGUUACGAUGCGCAAGGACGAGCAGGAGGUGCAAUACCAUCUCAACCUCAACCAUCACGUACGACAUCAUCCAGUCGAACUGCACCAUCGAGUUUCUCUCGUUCAGCAGCAACAGCGGGUGGAGGUGGUGGCGGUCUCGGAGCAAGUAGACAAGUUUCAUCAGCUUCCGCAGCUCAAGUCGCUCAGAUGCAAGCUAGAGUAGCUGAGAUCGAAGCUCACAGUGAAAGUUUGUUAAAGGAGAGAGAUUUCUACUUUGACAAACUUCGAAAUAUCGAAUUGAUCGUUCAAGAACGCUCAGCAGUAGAAGGUGUGACGCAAGAAGAAAAUGAUGUAAUGGCUAAAAUUCAAGAGAUCUUAUAUGCUACCAUUGAGGGAUUUGAGGUCCCUGAAGGUGAAGGCGAAGUUGAAGAAGGUCAACAGCAUCAUCUUGAAGAAGAGGAAACUUUCUAG